AUGUUGGACCUUAUCAACCAAAACUUUUGGAGUAUCAGAGCAAAGAAUGUGGAAAGCAGAAACGUCGAUUUUAGGAACGUUGGUACAAUCAGUUUCCUUGGUUGGAAUAUUCGCCUUCAACACAUAAGUUGGAAGAGGGUUAACCAAGGAAGUAAAUGUGCAUUUCUUAUUCAUGUUGGUACAACAUCUUCGUCGUUUCAUAAUGGCUGUAAGAGAAGUGCUGAAGAUCUAAUGAAACCAACUCAACAUAUUGAUAAGGUAAUGCAUUCUUUAUCAAAUGAGGAAAUUCAGAAAAACCAUUUGCAUCUAAAGACCACCAUUAUGAGUGUUAAGUGGUUAGCACUUCAAAGUUGUUCCUUUAGAGGCCAUGAUGAAUCUCCAUCUUCACUGAAUCGUGGGAAUUUCAUUGAACUGGUGGAUGCAUUUGAAAAAAUGAAUACUGAAGUAGGAAAAGUUGUAUUGGGUAAUGCUCCCAAAAAUGCUACAUACACAUUUCCAGACAUUCAAAAAGAAAUUUUGAACAUUAUGGCCAACAAAGUCCGACAAAGAAUUCGUGGCGAAAUUGGGGAUGCAAAAUUUAGUAUUCUUGUUGAUGAAGCACAAGAUGAAUCUUCACAAGAACAAAUGGCCAUUAUCCUAAGGUUCGUCAGAAGUAAUAGAAUUUCGACAGAGCGUUUUUUUGCAAUUAAAAGUGUUAGUGACACUACCUCAUUAAAUCUUAAGAAUCAAAUUUCUGAUGUUCUUGUUCGUUUCGACCUUCAAGUGCAAAAUAUGAGAGGCCAAGGGUACGAUAGUACUAAUAAUAUGCGUGGUUCUUGGAAUGGACUACAGGCAUUAUUUCUUAAAGAUUGUCCAUAUGCAUACUAUGUCCAUUGUUUUGCCCACCGUUUACAACUCACAUUGAUUUCUGCAGCUAGGGAUGUUUCAGAUAUUAAUUCAUUUUUUUCUCAUUUGGAUAGUGUUAUUAAUAUGAUUACAUCAUCUCCUAAGCGCAUCAAUGAGUUGAAAAGUGCCCAAAGAAAAGAAAUUGAGCAUUUGUUGGAAAUUGGAGAACGAGAGUUCGGAAGUGGUGCUAAUCAGAUUAGUAAUUUGCAACGAGCCGGAGGUACUCGUUGGUCUUCUCAUUACAGCUCUGUAAAGAGUUUGAUUGAUAUGUAUGCUGCAACUUGCAAGGUGCUUGAGUAUCUUAGUGAUCAUUCUCCAAAUGUAAGAUCUCGGUCCGAAGUUGGUGGUGUGUACAAAACUAUGACAACAUUUGAAUUUGUAUUUAUUUUACAUUUAAUGCAUAAAAUAUUAGCAAUUGCGGAUGUGCUUUGUCAGACCCUUCAGAAGAAAACUCAAGAUAUCUUGACUGCUAUGAGAUUUGUCCGUACUACAAAAACUAUCCUUCAAACAUUGAGAGAAGAUGGCUGGGAAGAAUUUCUUGAAGAGGUAAAAUAUUUUUGCUCAAAAAAUGAUAUACAUGUACGUGACUUUGAUGCUUCAUAUAUGGUUGGUCGUUCUCGUGGUCGUGAGUAUCCUACCGUUGAACAUCACUAUCACUUUGAUAUUUUCAAUGCAGCCAUUGAUUUUCUGAUGAUGGAGUUAGAUACAAGAUUUAAUGAGACAUCAUUAGAACUCCUUUCUCUCAGUGCAGCUUUGAAUCCAAAAGAUUCUUUUGAAUCAUUUAACAUUGAUAAUAUUUGCAAGCUUGCAGAGAAGUUUUAUCCUGAAGAUUUUUCACAGCAAGAUAUUUAUUGUUUGAAAGUUGAAUUGCAACAUUAUCAGAAUGAUGUGAUUUCCGAACCUCGAUUUCAAGUACCUACACUUUUUGAUUUAUGUCGAGAAUUGGUUGCAAGUAGAAGGUCGGAGAGUUACGUCGUUCUGACUAAAUUGAUUUGUUUAGUACUCACACUACCUGUUUCAACGGCGACUGUGGAGCGAGCAUUUUCAGCAAUGAAACAUGUGAAAACGAAAAUUCAUAACAAAAUGGAUGAUGGCUUUCUUAUUGAUUGUUUAACACUAAAUAUUGAGUGA